UCUGGCUGACUCCACGCAGCGGUUGUAUUGACAUAGUCAAGAAAUUGUAGCAGCCUGCAGCCGCACAAAUAAACCGACAGGGAGAAACACAGCCCGGCAUUCAUACACUGCAGCUGGAGGUGUUUUUAACCUACCAUAAACUCUGAGGAACUGAUGACUACCGAGUUUGGACGCUAAUCGGCUGGCUGACUUUUAGUAGAUGUCCUGGAUGACAAGGCUGAACUGAACUUUCCCGAUCCUGCACAAACACACACGGUGCAACAAAAGCGCUGAAAUCACUACGGGCGGUAAGGUGGUUUCCUGUGGAUCAAACAGGGUGGUAACGCCACGUCUGACGAUCAAACGAGACAAUAAAACAAACGAUUUUUGUGGGAGUGCAGUGGAGAGGUGCAGCACAUCCGAGUUGUGGAGUUACACACAAUGUGAACCCAGCGAUGAUCAACUUUGUGGAAAGUUGGGAGAGACGGCGCAUCAAGGGAAUUAUUUACAAAAAGUGAUGUUUUUUUUAGCUUACAGUAGUAUCUAAAUCGUCUCCCGCUUACUGGUGGAUAAAGUGGAUAACAUGUGCGAAGUGGCCAUGGAGGAUCAGGAUAGGGAGAUCUCCGACAUGGAGAGCUCCAUGGUAGCGCAGAGUGAAGUCAUGCUGGUGGUCAAUCACAGCCGGAUCAAGCCUCCCUUUAGCGUGCUGCUGGCCACCGUCCUCUACUGUGCGGAGUUCAUCACGGCCGCCGUGCUCUGCAGCAGUUACCAAAAGAAUGAAGAUGUCAUCUGGUUGGGCUUCACUCUCACCUUCAUGCUGCUUCCCGCUGUGCUCAUCCAGCUGGCAUUGACGUUCAUCCACAGAGACCUGGGCCGGGACAGGCCUCUUGUCCUGUUCCUGCACCUGCUGCUGCUCGGCCCUCUCAUCAGGUGUUUCGAGGCUCUGGUGGUUUAUUUCAAGUCGGGGGAAAGGGAGGAGCCUUACGUCACCAUCUCCAGGAAGAUUAACCUGGAAAAGGGACAGAUCCCCAUGGAGUGGGAAAUCGGCCAAUCGGAGCGCAACCUGGCUACUCACAGAAAUGCCUUCAAACGCACCGCAGUCAUCCAGGCUUUCCUGGGCUCAGCACCUCAACUGACCCUGCAGCUGUAUGCCAGCAUCCAGGAGAAGUACUACCUCCCGGCGAGAGUGACUCUGAUGAUCAUCACGCUGAUCUCUAUCACAUACGGGGCUCUCGUUUGCAUCGUCCUGGCCAUCCAGAUCAGAUAUGACGACUACAAGGUGCGGUUGCGGCCCUUUGCCUACCUGUGCAUGAUCUUGUGGAGGGGGCUGGAGAUCGCCACCCGGAUCACCUCUCUGGUCCUCUUCAGCACGGCGCUCACACACUGGGUGAUCCUCGUUGGCAUGGGAAACCUGCUCUUCUUCUUCUUUGUCCCCUGGGUUGAGUUCUGGGCCAGGAAGGGCUCGCUGGCAAAGGACGUUGAGAAAAACUUUUCUAAGCUGGGCACCACGGUGGUGCUGUCUAUGUUCACGCUGCUCUACGCCUGCAUCAACAUCUUCUGCUGGUCGGCGGUGCAGCUGGACCUCGCACAUCGAGAGCUCAUCGAGAGAAAGCAGCGCUGGGACCGCCUGGCCAUGUUCUACUGCGGACGCUUUGUGGAGAACUUCGUCCUCAUCACACUCUGGUACUUCUACAAGUCGGACUUCUACGAGUAUGUGUGUGCGCCCCUACUGGCCGUCCAGCUGCUGAUCUGCUACAGCCUGGCCGUUCUCUUCAUGCUGCUCUUCUAUCAGUUUGGCCACCCGUGCAAAAGCCUCUUCAAGUACAACGUGCACGACUGCCUGCACUGCGUCUGCUUGCGUACAGGCCGAAGGGGAGCGAGGGGUCAGCGAGGGAAGCUGCCGCCCUCGUACUCGACGGCUGCCACCAUGGUGCUGGUGCCGGAGGAGCCCCUGCAGCUGCUGGACCCCCAAACCUCACAACCCCUCGACCUGACCAGUCAGCUGGGGGAGCAAGAGACAGCUAUCGUUGACGACAUGCUGCAAGCAGCCUGAGAAGGGCUUUGUGGGGAAAUGAAUGAACACGUUAUUUUAUGUGGAUUCCCCUCAGCGGAAGGCUGCACCGCUGCACAGGUCCUGGAGUACUUUUAACACAAAAAACAGAAUGAUUUUUGAGUUCACGGGGUCAUUAAAUCUUUUCACUUUAAGUGCACAAAAACUUAACUAGUUCAGGAUUGUGAGGUGGAUUAAGGUUAACUGCUGUUGUCUUUAUCAAGGGUCAUUACUUACACUUGGGGAACAGUGAGGCCUCAUUACACCAAAGAAUGUAGCAUGUCCAGAUAUGCAGCGAUGCACAAAGGCCGCCUUGAGAGAGCAGCAGUGUACAGGAGUGAGCCAGGUGUGCUGGAAAUGUGCCAAGAGUGUCCAAAAGACGGACCGGGACACCCCCAGUUUACUUCCUCAGGGCUUUCACUCCAUGAACGCCGCCCUUUGCACACAUUUGCAUCUGCACUAAAAAUACUUUUACCAAAAAAGCAGCUGGGGGGCAAGCAAAAGGUCAGAAGAAGAACAUAUCUUCCUCAUACCCUACUGCAUAAGCCUGCUCUGUUGAAUGCCCAUAGGUGUUUACUUUUAGAGAAAACAUGUUUUAGCUUCAUGAAAAUAUUUUAAAAGUUGGUGAAAUAUAUAUGUAGUUAAAAAACACCUAAAAAACCUAAUUGAAUGUAAAACGCCUUUUUUUCAAAGUCAACUUUGAAGAUGCAUUCACCAGACUUACACUGAAUUAACUACUUUAUGCAAGUGCUUUCACAAUUUGCUUCUUUUUUUAAGCUAUGUCUUGUUUGUUUGUUCGGUACCUUGACUACUAUUGUUUUACUUGAAACUUAAAAUAAAAUAACCUGUUGUCCACUCA